CACUGCCUAUAAAGAUGGACUCAGAUCGGCGAGCGCGCCCGCCGCGACUCGCCACGUGUGCGCCCCCACGCAUUCUUAUACUCCCCUGCCCUCCCUGGUCUUCGAUCUCCCCUCCCCAGCUCGCCAUUGGCAAUUUGACAUAGACCGUCCCGUUGCGCACGAUGGAGUCCUACGUGGGCGCGGGCCUCAAGCGCAAGAGCGGUAAUGGCGCGCCGAGCGCCGAGCGGGGCAUGCCGCCGUCGGCUGCCGGGGAGGGGUUCCCGGCAGUGGUGCUGGGCUACGACGACGGCGGCGGGAAGGCCCGCGCGGAGGAGCGGCGGGUGGUGGACGAGAUGGACUUCUUCAAGACGGAGAGGGGGGAGAGGAAGGAGACCACGGCCGAUCACGCCGCCAGCGGCCCCGACGAUCUCAGCAUCAAGAAAGAUGACCUCACCAUCAACAUGGGGCUGCACGUCGGCUGGAGGAAAAGCAGGAGCGAGGAAUCCAUCGUUGACGACGGCGUGUGCUCCAACGGGGGAGAACACAGGGAGACCAAAGCUGAGCUGUCAUUGACCAAAGCCGAGCUUGGGCGCCUAACCGAAGAGAACAAGCGGCUCAAGAACAUGCUGAGCAAUGUGACCACAAACUACAACUCUCUCCAAAUGCACCUUGUUACACUGAUGCAGCAAAGGAACCAUAGAGGCCUAAGCGCUCCAUGCCAUGAGCUGAAUAUUGGUCCGGAGAAGAAGGACCAGGAGGGGAGCCUGCUCCCGCGGCAGUUCAUCGGCCUCGGCACUGCCUCGAUACCCCACGAGCCGUCUGACUCCGUGGUGGGCGUGGACGCGCCCGGCAGCGACCGCGCGCCGUCGCCUAGCAACCUGGACACGGCCGUACCAAAGCCGAUGGACUACUGCCCGGGCAAGGGAAACAGCGGAGUGAUCAACAACAAGGACAUCAUGCCGUUGCCGGCGUUCGAUCACCACCACGGCGUCCACGAGGGGGACCAGAGCGGCGGCAGCCCGGAGCCGCCGCCGCACCAGGUGCCGCAGGGCUGGCUCCGCAAUAAGGUGCCCAAGUUCCUCCCCACCAAGGGACCCGAGCCGGUCCCGGAGGCCGCCACCAUGCGUAAGGCCCGCGUCUCCGUCCGAGCUCGGUCCGAGGCCGCCAUGAUCAGUGAUGGAUGCCAAUGGAGGAAGUACGGGCAGAAGAUGGCCAAGGGCAACCCGUGCCCACGCGCGUAUUACCGGUGCACGAUGGCCGCCGGCUGCUCGGUCCGCAAGCAGGUUCAGAGAUGCGCCGAGGACCGGACGGUUCUGAUCACGACGUACGAGGGGAACCACAACCACCCGCUGCCGCCGGCCGCGAUGGCGAUGGCGUCGACAACGGCGGCGGCGGCGUCCAUGCUGCUGUCCGGCUCGAUGCCGAGCGCGGACGGCAGCCUCAUGGCGGGGUCCAACUUCCUGGCGCGCGCCGUGCUGCCGUGCUCGUCCAGCGUCGCCACCAUCUCGGCGUCGGCGCCAUUCCCCACGGUCACGCUCGACCUCACACAGACAGCGCCUGGCGCGCCGUCCACGCAGCCGCCGCGCCCGGAGCCCGCCCAACUCCAGGCCGCGCUUGCCGAGGCCGCGCGGCCGGUGCCGCUGCCGCAGCUGUUCGGGCAGAAGCUGUACGACCCAUCCAAGCUCUCUGCCGUGCAGAUCGCGGCCGGCACCAAGGCGGUGGACGGGGGCACACUGACCGACGACACGGUCAGCGCGGCCACGGUCGCCAUCGCGUCGGACCCCAACUUCACCGCGGUGCUCCGGGCCGCGCUCACGUCGUACUUAGGCAGCAGCAGCAGCAGUGGUGCCGGGGCCGGCGAGAGCACCGGCACCGUGCAGCCGCCGGUGAGCGGGGUCGGCGAUAGCUGUAGUAGAGAUGACAAGAUUGGGGAACAGAACAUCUGACAUGAUUGCCUAGCGACUGUCUGUUUGCUUGCUUGAAGUUUUGUUCCUCUCGUGAGUUUCAUUCAGUUCUGGCUUUCAUAAUUCAGUUCCCUUUGUCUCCUCGGAGUAGGAGAUCAAAAUUUUGCUUUCUCUUUCACUCCUUUCGGUCCAUUUUUGUGGCAGCAACUGGAGUAACAAUUUUGUUGGUUCGUUUAGAGGGGUCUAGAGUAGUGUUGAUCUGAAUGGGAAAAAAAAUGCUCAACUGAGAGUUCGAGUAGAACUUUGGUGGUGUACAUAGUUGUCGUCAUUUUUGUUGCUUUGGUGCAACCCUGCAAGUGCUAUGAUA